AUGACAUACACUUUAACCAUUCUAGGAUGCGGUGUGAUGGGCCAAGCCGUUCUUUCUGCCAUUUACAAGGCACCAAAGGCAACCUCUGUCAUCAAGGCUUUAUAUCCAUCUAAGAUUAUUACCUGUAACCAUGAUGAACCAAGUGCUCAACAAGUUACCGACCUUAUCUCAACUUUUGAGACUUCCCCUAAUGGAAUCGAAGUCGUCUCUACCUAUGGCAAGAAUGUCGAAGCAGUGAAGCAAUCUGAUGUUAUCAUUUUGGGUACCAAGCCAUUUCUGGCAGAGCAAGUAUUGAACGGUGUUAAAGACGUUACUAGUGGCAAGUUGAUCAUCUCAUUGGCUGCUGGCUGGACAAUUGGUCAAUUACAGGCGUACACACCAUCUGUCUCCAGAGUCAUGACUAAUACACCAGCUAAGUACGGUUAUGGUUGUGCUGUAGUUUCUCAUUCUCCUCAGGUUACAGAAGACCAGAAGUCAUUGGUCAGCGAACUAAUUAGCCAUGUUGGGAAGUACGUUGAACUACCAGAGAAGAAUAUGGAUGCUGCCACAGCACUUGUAGGCUCAGGUCCAGCGUUUGUCCUAUUGGUGUUGGAGUCUCUAAUGGAGAGUGGUAUUAAGAUGGGUAUCCCAUUGAAGGAGAGCACCGAGUGUGCGUUGAAAGUGCUAGAAGGUACUGCAAAGAUGGUUGAAGAAUCUGGUGUUCACCCAAGUGUUCUAAAGCACCAAGUCUGCACACCUGGAGGCACCACAAUUGCAGGAUUGUGUGUCAUGGAAGACAAAGGUGUCAAGAGUGGUAUCAUCAGAGGUGUCGAAGAAGCUGCGAGAGUUGCUGCCGAACUGGGUAAGAAAUGA